AUAGAGGCCAGAAGAAGAGAGUAUAGGCAAGGGAGGGAAAAAAACGCGAAUGCAUGACAAGAAAGUCUUCGCGUGGCAACUACGCCUGACAUUCAGAUGGCAGGGGAAACCAAGCGAGGUUUAAAAAGUUACAACUUGUCGACUGGCAAUCACUUCUGACCACUUGGAUCUAGUGGAUUAGGCGUAAAGUGUUAGCUCGGAACUUUUCACGACACGACGAGGCUCAAGGCAAAGAACGUGCAGUGCGUGUGUCUCGCUUGGGCUUGCUUGGCUGGCUGGCUGGUUGUCAAGCAUCAGUGGUUGCCAAAACGGUUGCUGAGCUUUUUUUUUCUUUCUUUCUUGCCCCCCUUUCGAGGAGGAGUUUUUCUGACGAAUGGUUGACCUGGGCUGUACCGGUCGGUCCUUAGCUCCGCACAUGCACACCAGCAGCGGCCUGGAUCUGAGGUUAUCCACCGGUGACAUUAAUCGGAGCUGUGAGAUCGAGCAGUCGAUGACUAUGGAGCAAACAUUCGGCGAGGUGAACCAGCUAGGCGGAGUGUUUGUGAACGGCCGGCCACUGCCCAACGCGAUCCGUCUGAGGAUCGUAGAGCUAGCCCAGCUCGGUAUCCGCCCGUGUGACAUCAGCCGUCAGCUACGGGUCUCACACGGCUGCGUCAGCAAGAUCUUGGCACGCUACAACGAGACCGGCUCGAUCCUACCCGGUGCCAUCGGCGGCAGCAAGCCCCGGGUGACUACCCCUAACGUGGUCAAGAAGAUCCGAGACUACAAGCAGCGGGAUCCCGGUAUCUUCGCAUGGGAGAUACGGGACAAACUGCUGGCGGAGGGGGUUUGUGACAAGUACAACGUGCCGUCCGUGAGCUCUAUCAGCCGGAUUCUCCGCAACAAAAUUGGAAACAGCACCCUGGCCCAUCUACAACACGUCUACGAUCCUACCAAGGACUCUCACCGAUCUCUCUAUAGUCCGAUCUACUCAUAUCCAUGCCCAUCCCCAGCUAACUCUAAAGCAGCCAUGGUGGCGGCUGCAGCAGGUCCAUGUGGUCCUAUGAGGCAUUGUCAUUGGCCCUCUUCACACACCGUCAAUGACAUAUUGGGAUUCAGAUACCCUGGCACUGGAGAUCCACACACUUCAGGUCCCUUUGAUCAAACCCCAAGUUGCGUCAUCCGAUGUGACGGCCUCAAUGAACUUAUCACAAUAAGCGGUGUUGGGCCCGCUGAGUACCAGUGA